AUAAUAAUUAUAAAAAAAAAACAUUAACAAAUAAAAAAACAUCUUAAAAAAAAUAUUAUCACAAAAAUAACAAAAAUGUCUGACUUUGACGAUAUUGGCUUCUAAUACAGAUUCACUAGAGACAGAACUCCCUCUCCUCGUCCUAAAGCAAUGUCAAAUAAUUCCACAUCUUCUAUUGGAAGUGCAGCUAAUUCUAUGAAUACUAUACCAUAUGGAAUGAAUACUUAGUAACCUUCAAUUCAAAGAAGAUUUAGUUCUGGAAUGCCUUCUACCAUUCCUGCUGGCUAUAUGCAAUACUAAAAUAUAUUUGGAAACUUCCCAAAAUGA